UCCUUCGAGCCGGAUGUAAUUAUUUCAGAUUUAUUAUUUCGGACACAUUAGCUUGGAGAUUAUUUCGGAUAUAUUAAUUCGGCGGUGAACGAAGGAGAGAAUCAUGAGGUUAACUCACGUCGAGCAUUAUGUUGAGCAGCAGCUCGUGCUUAUGAAAACCAUAGGGCAAUCCUAUGAAAAUCUUGUGAAGAAUGGCAUGGAAAGUGUAACUUCUCAAAGAAUCAACGUACGCCUCUCGGCGCUCAAGGAUAAUUGGGACAAGUUCUGUGUAAAACAUGAUGCCAUUACAUUGGCUGUUAAACAGUUGAAUGACAACGAUAGGGAGAGUAUAAUGAGGCAUUCCUAUUUUAAAGAUAAUUUAUUUUCCGUCGUAAACGAAAGUUAUUUAGAGUCUGUAGAACGGUUCAAUUCUGCUUUGGAUUCACAAUCGGAAUAUGGAAGCAAUCCGGGAACGUCCUCUUCAAGGCACGUUUCGGAAUCAACUUCCGAGACCGUCGCGUUUAUUAAUCGAUCGCAACUUCCCCGCUAUGACAUUCCCAAGUUUAAUGGAAAUCACGCGGACUGGCUCUAUUUCAAAGAUCUCUUUACUAGUUUAGUCAUAAACAAUUCCUCACUAACUAACAUCGAAAGAUUACAAUACUUGAAGACUAGUUUAACAGGAUCGGCAUAUAAUCUAUUGAAAAACACUAUGCUUACGGGCGGUAAUUUCUCUAACGAUUGGAAAGCUCUCGUGUCGUUUUACGAAGACAAAAGGAUGUUAGUCAAUUCCACGCUAACGUCAUUAUUCAGUCUAAAGCCGAUGACGAAGUCGACAGCGGGAGAAAUGGAGAAAUUGUUUACUGGCGUUAUGGAGACAUAUCGAACCUUAGACACGUUGGGAAGACCAAUUCAUCAUUGGGAUGAUAUUCUAAUUUUUAUGGUCAUACAGCGACUCGACUCUGAUACCGUAAACAUGUGGGAUCUACAUCGGGGUCCCUCUAACGAACUUCCGACAUGGAAACAGUUUGAAGAGUUCUUCCGAAAUCGACUUAUGAAUCUGAAGGGUCAUGAAACGCGAAAGGGAAAGUUCGUUUCUCAGUUAAAUCCAAGUAGUGUCAAAUCUCAUUACCAAGGCAAAAACAAGACCGUUAAAUCGUGUUCGUUCUGUUCCGAAAAUCAUUGGUCCGCCAGUUGCCCGCAAUAUGUCUCCAAAACUGUACAACAACGCGUAGUACUUAUCCAGAAACAUAACCUAUGCUUCAACUGUCUCGGCCCGCAUCGGGCAUCAGCAUGUCGUAUAACUACACGUUGUAGAAAGUGUGCUGGAAAGCAUCACACCACGCUUCAUCGUAGCAAUUUGGAAAGCACAAAGUCUAAUAGCAAUUCGGCGAAAUUGGCAACAGGAAAACCUAACGAACCGACUACAACUAAGCCUGACAACACGGAGACAACUACCGGCUCUCAGGUUUUACAUUCUGCACUUGGAAAUGAAGUCAAAACGCCAUAUGUUCUACUGGCAACCGCUCUGGUUACUAUCACAUCCGAACACGGAGAUUCUUCACACGCACGAAUUUUGAUUGACCAAGGCUCGGAGGUGUCGUUAGUUACGGAACGAUUAGUACAGCGUCUACGGCUACCACGUACUCGUUCUCACAUUCCACUGAUUGGAAUAGGAGGUGUCGCGUCUAACCGAACUAAAGGCAUGACCUCCUUUAGCAUAAAACCUCAUUUUAAGUCUUCCUUCCAGUGUUCAAUAGCCGCGCAUAUUUUACCAAAGCUCACGUCGACAAUUCCAUCGGUCUCCUUGAAGAAUCACGGCUGGUCACAUUUGAACGGGAUCCAGUUGGCGGAUCCGAAUUAUUUAGCACCCGGUUCAAUUGAUGUUAUUCUAGGAGCCGACGUCUUCGGUCAAAUCAUUCAAAACGGUAUACGAAAGGGAUCGAAUAACGCUCCAAUGGCUCAGGCUACAAAACUUGGAUGGAUUAUUUCCGGACCAACGAGUUCUCAAUCAACACCUGGCGGUUCUCAAAGUUUUCACGUAUCACUCGAAAGUGAUCUAUUCGGCCUAAUGCGUAGAUUCUGGGAACUUGAUGAAAUCGCUCCUUUCAAGACUUCAUCUCGGUCCACCGACGAACAGGCUUGUGAAGAACAUUUUAAGUCUACUCAUUCUCGAACGGAACAUGGUCGCUAUGUAGUGAGAUUACCCCUCAAGGAGCCUGUCAAUAAACUGGGGGAUUCCAAGGCCAAAGCCGUUCGAUUGAUCAAGAAGUUGUCAUGCAAAUUUUCUUCCAAUUCCGAGUUUUCGCGGUUGUAUGCAGAUUUCAUCGACGAGUACGAAAAACUGAAUCACAUGAAGAUUGUUCCGAAAGAUACGACCGACCCUCCGAUAACUUACUAUCUUCCUCAUCACGGAGUUUUAAGGGAGCAUAGUCUUACUACGCGAUUACGUGUGGUUUUUAACGGAUCGAGUCCAACAACAUCCGGACAUUCACUUAACGACUUAUUAUACACUGGAGCUAAACUUCAAACUGAUCUGUUCGACGUGUUAAUAUGGUUUAGACUAUUUCGCUAUGUGUUUUCUACGGACAUAGAGAAAAUGUUCAGGCAGAUUAACGUACAGGAGGAUGACUGGGAUCUCCAACGGAUUCUCUGGAUUGACAACGAAGGUCAUUUACGCACAUACCACCUCACUACCGUAACGUAUGGCUUGGCUUGUGCUCCUUUCUUAGCCCUGCGUACCUUGCAACAGUUGAUAGAAGAUGAAGGGACAAAGUUCCCGCUUGCUGUUCCGUCGUUAAGCAAAGGAAGGUAUGUCGAUGACAUCUUUGGAGGUGCGGAUACUCUUGAACAAGCUCAAGAAAUUGUAAGGCAAUUAAAUCAACUGUGCAUGGCGGGCGGCUUCAAAUUACAAAAAUGGGUGAGCAAUGAUUCGAGCAUGCUCUCUUCUGUCUCCACAGAUAAACAAAAUAACUCUAAAUUCAUAGAACAUAAGGAGAACUUAGUCGUCUACACGUUGGGACUUGGCUGGCAACCAUCCACAGAUACCUUUAUUUUUAAAUAUACUCUUCCAGCAGAAGGUGUGAUCACGAAACGAUCUACCUUGUCUACUAUAGCAAAACUGUUUGACCCCCUAGGGUUUCUAUCUCCGAUCACCAUUACUGGCAAACUCCUAAUUCAAGAAUUAUGGACGAUAAAAUUAGGUUGGGAUGACCCUUUGCCAGACCACGUUGCUAGUAAAUGGAUUACAUUUAUCGGAUCUCUUCAGGAUACGCCAAAAUUCACGCUCCCACGAUGGAUAGGGUGUUCUAACGAUCGCCAAGUUGAGAUUCAUGGGUUUUGUGAUGCGUCACAGCAAGCCAUGGCAGCUGUUGUGUACCUACGGACAUCGUGCGAGGAAGAGGCAGUAAACAUCAGAUUUGUGGCCUCGAAAACCAAGGUCGCUCCAUUAAAGCGAUUGACAGUCCCCCGAUUAGAGUUAUCAGGUGCAGUCUUAUUAACCAAACUGGUCUCCCAUCUGUUACACGUAUUGGAAUGGAAGAAUCUACGCAUAAUACUGUGGACCGACUCAUCUAUCACACAUACGUGGCUGAACAGCCAUCCCUCUCGAUGGAAGGAUUUUGUCUACAACAGAGUUUGUCACAUCCAAGAAACAAUACCUCAGGCCGAGUGGAGGUUUGUGCCAGGUACGGACAACCCGGCCGAUUUUGCUACACGAGGUCUAACAACCUCACAGCUGUCGGAGCUUUCAAGUUGGUGGUGUGGGCCUUCAUGGCUCUCCCAACCUUCGUCAGCCUGGCCAAGACUCCCUACGGAAAAGCCCAUACGAGAAAACCUUGAAGAAAGACCUACGAAGGUUCUUUCAGUUAACACCAAGAAUUAUACGCCAUGGGAUCUAAUCAAUCGAUAUUCCAGCCUUGUGAAGUUGUACCGAAUUACGGCCACUUGUCAACGAGCAGUCUCUCGUUUCAAAAGGUGUACCGCCAUGUCAACUUUCGGUCCUCUAACUACGCAAGAGUUAGUGGACGCUAAAUUCUACUGGGUCAAGGAAAUCCAAAGGGCUUCAUUUCAGGGUGAUCUACAGCUGCUCUCCAAGGGGCGACCUAUUUCAAAGUCAAGUCCGCUUGUCCGUCUCACACCAUUUCUAGAUGCCAAGGGACUUCUGCGAGUCGGAGGUCGUCUUCAAUUCUCUUCUCUUUCUCAAGAUGAAAAGCAUCCCCUAAUCUUACCAAGGGAAUCAACUUUGACGUCACUCAUUAUUCGAGAUGCUCACUUGAGGACCUUGCAUGGAGGCACACAGAUAACUUUAUCUCUUUUACGAAGCGAGUAUUGGAUUGUAGGAGGAAGAGCUCCUGUCCGAUCUCUCAUCAUCAAAUGUGUUAAGUGUGCCCGCUACAGACAGACAAGGGCAAAGCAGUUGAUGGGUCAACUACCCGCUACCCGAGUCUCGCCCAAUCGUCCUUUCGAACAUACGGGCAUUGACUAUGCAGGACCAUUCGUGACGAAAACGUGGAAAGGGAAGAACGCACGCACGUAUAAAUCUUACAUCGCGGUAUUUGUCUGCUUCUCGACUUCUGCAGUGCACUUAGAAUUGGUUACGGAUUACACUGCGGAGGCUUUCAUCGCCGCGUAUAAGCGUUUUACGUCAAGAAGAGGAAUUUGCGUCACGCUUUCAAGCGAUUGCGGCACUACGCUCAAAGGAGCAGACGCGGAAUUAAGAAGAUUAUUCUCGCAAUCCACGGAGGAGUCAACCAAACUCGCCACGCUACUUGCAAAUGACGGGACGCAGUGGAAGUUUAACCCUCCUUCCGCUCCGCACUUCGGAGGGAAGUGGGUAGCGGGGGUUAAAUCGGUCAAAUACCACCUUCGUAGAGUUAUAGGGGAUACUCUCCUAACUUAUGAAGAAAUGACUACCCUACUUUCACAGGUGGAAUCCGUUCUCAACUCCAGGCCUUUGUGCCCUCUCACUGACGACCCUGACGAUCUAAACGCACUUACACCUGGGCACUUCUUGCUGGGUAGUGCUCCAGUUAUUGUUCCGGAACCUUCCCUGGACACGGUUAAGUUAAGUCGAUUAUCGCGAUGGCAACUAGUUCGGCAGAAGCUUGAGUCGUUUUGGUCACAAUGGUCUAAGGAGUGUCUUCAACGCUAUCUUUCGGUAUACAAAUGGAACAGAGCAAAUAAAUCCCUCGAGAAAGGGACUUUAGUUCUGGUAGUUGAUGAUCGGUACCCGCCUUCAAAAUGGCCAUUGGGGCGCAUUAUCCAAACACACCCGGGUAAGGACGGUCAUACUCGAGUUGUCACGAUACAAACUCAAACUUCAGUCCUAACACGACCUAUUGCAAAAGUUUGUCCCCUUCCGAUCGAGCAAGACACAUUGUGACAUAUUCGUUAAUGCUCAUUAACGAAGGCGGGCGGUAUGUUCAAAAAGUACCGCUCCUUCGGAAGGUAACCAGAUGGCAAUAAGGUGCGCGCUAGGGCCAAGCGUCCCUACGCGCAUCUCUUGGGCUAUGUAUUACUACGCGCGCGUGGCGCUGUUGUCACGAGGGCAGCAGCGUCUUGCGUCAUUCGUUUUUCGUCUACGAUCGGAGGCGCGCGUGCUUCUGGUCUGCUGAAAAGAGUGAGUUGCUGCGCAGCGGCUUUACGCGAUUGUUCCAGUUAGAGUUUCUAAUACAGUCGGGUGCUUUUAGCACAUGUACGACCGAGGCUCGGUUACCUAGAGAAACGCCGAGAACUCCAGCACCGAGGACUCCGGCACCCAGAGCUCCAGCACCCAGUGCUCCAGCACCCAGAGCUCCAGCACCGAGAAGAGCACCACCCAAGAGAGCUUUUCCUAUAAUCGGCGCUCUCUUGUUACGCGACU